GAGAGAGAUAGAGAGAAAGAGGGAGAGAGAGAGAGAGAGAGAGAGAGAAAAUCAGUUAGGGAAAAUGGCUGACGAUGUAUUAGGUGAUGUUUUGACAAUUUUACUUUUUUGAUUACGGUAGUGAGGAAGAACCGUGCUAUAUUUUAAAUAAUGAUUUUAAUCAUAUUGUGAAAUAACUAUUUUCGCGAACAUAAGGAAUAGUUUUCCACGUGCUACCGUAGGUUGAUGAAGACGAUCUUGUCAAAACUUGUCUGGACCUGUUUCAAGAAACUGCCAUUAGGAAAUGUUCAUUAUGAACGUCUGAAUAAAUUUUGUAAUAGCUUUCGCAGAGAGGAUUAUGCUAUUGGAUUUUUAUACUGUUGAUAAUCAAAACUUCCUGAUGAUUAGCAAAUUGAUGUGAUAACACGAUGAUAUUGUGUGAUGUGAAAACGUUCAUAACAUUUCUAUGAACCAGAAAUAGAAACGAAAUACUUUUGAGGGCAAUAAAAUGCCUGUCAAUCCAUUUAAUGAUGGGACAGCAUUUGGCUAGUCUCAGAGAAUUUUUUAGAAUGGCUGGUGAGAGGCAGUCUUCCGAAGUAUAUAAUAAUGUACAGUCAGCACAAUUAGAGAUAACGAAUCAGGAUGGUAUUGAAAGUCUGCAUGAUAAUGAGAAUAAUGGAAACGUACCUGCAUCAAAUUUAACUGUUCAUAAAGAAUGCAAGGCAAAUGGAAAUCUGGAUAAUGAUUGUGUAAAUUUAGAUUUAGAUAAUCAUAAUUCUAGAUUUGAAAGUUUAUAUAGUCAACCAAUUGAGUCUCAUGACUCAAAAUGCAGUAAUGGAAAUGUUAAUAAUGAGAUAUGCUUCAAGCAACAGGAAACAUGUCCCAUAAAUCCACCUUUAAGAAGAUCUUCCAAAACUUUAUCGUUUGGAAAAAGAAAAGGUAAACAACGUAACAAGGAUCAAAGUCCAGUGUGUACCCAUGUUUUGACUCCAAUAAAGAAACGGAGUUGCUGGGUAUUAAAAUUUAACUGUGCUAAGAAUAAAAUUUCUAAGAGCACAGACAUUAUUCCUGGUCAAGGAAGUAAUAGUUCGGAAUGCGUUUGCACUGGUUAUAGAAGAACUGAUGAACACCCUAUGGGUGCUGGUGUUAUAUUUAAUAGUAAAUCUGCUCCUCAGAGCCCAAUACUUGGUCCACUUCCACCAAGUCCUGUGAUUGAUCUUUCAAGAUUCAAUCCAGAGGAAUUCCCGAUGGAAGUAUGUGUUACUAUUACUAUUAUUUUAUGGCACACUUGCAUAAAAUAUAAAUUGGUAUACUUUAUUUCAAAGGAUUGUGAUGAGAGAGCUCGUUUGCAACGUGCUCGUGAAAUGGAGGAAGGUGUUGAACCUCCUCCUGGUUACAAGCCUAAUCCUUCGGCGAUCCAAGUACAUCCAAAUGGAAUAACGGUGGACAGUUUAGCAGCUUUGUUCCAAGCGCAUGCUGGUAUACACGCAGCUGCACUCACAGCAUUAUCACAGAUUGACUUUACGUUAAUUCCGAACAUUGAACGACCCGCACACACGCAGGUUGAUUACGUUCAUUGUCUUGUGCCGGAUUUAGGUUCAAUUACAGCUUGUUCUUUUUAUUGGGGUAAGAUCGAUAGAUACGAAGCUGAACGUUUAUUAGAGGGUAAACCAGAGGGUACGUUCUUAUUACGUGACUCAGCACAGGAAGAGUUCAUAUUUUCCGUUAGUUUUCGAAAAUAUGGACGAUCUCUGCACGCCCGAAUCGAACAAUGGAAUCAUAAGUUUAGUUUCGAUUCACAUGAUCCGGGAGUUUACGCAUCAGAGACGGUGUGUGGUUUAAUUGAACACUAUAAGGAUCCAUCGUGUUCUAUGUUCUUCGAACCUAUGCUUACAAUACCAUUACAUCGAAAUUUUGCUUUUCCUCUGCAACACCUAUGUCGUGGAGUAAUAACCACACGAACGACUUAUGAUGGUAUAAAUAAGUUACAAUUGCCAAAGACACUCAAAAGUUAUCUCAAAGAAUAUCACUACAAGCAAAGAGUACGGGUCAGACGAUUAGACACGGAAAAUGAUUUACAAUCAGAUGGAAGAUCCAUAUCAUAUUUACCUUUAAUAUGAAUCUCUGCAUUCAUAUUCAACAGUUUAUUGUCUUUAAAUUCGCAACUAUAGUUUGUUACAGUGAUAUGUGGCGUAUAUAUACAUACAUACAUACAUACAUACAUAUAUAUAUAUAUAUAUAUAUAUAUAUAUAUAUAUAUAUAUGUAUAUAACAACUAAUUUAAUAUCACUGCCCGGAGUAUCGAUUCAGAAAGUGUUAUUAAUUUUACGUGAGUGUGUAAAAAUUUGAAAAAGAAUGUUCCCUUUUUUUAAUAUUAUCCGUCCUUUAUUUUCUUCUCGUUGUAACAAUACAUAGUAUUCUUUUCUGCUUUCUUCAAGUAUUGAAAAUAUUUACUCUCUUGUAUGAAGUAUUACAACGUUGAAUGAUUUUUUCGAGACUUCGCAUGCAUCAAACGGAUUGCAAUAUUAGCAAAUAAAACUACGCAUAUUCUACAUAUGAAUCGUUAGCAAAUUUUGAAACAGUAGCUGCCGUUUUUCAUAUUAUCAUCAUCUUUUACAUUUGCAUCACAGAUACAGAUAAUACAUAACGAGAAAGAGGAGUAACAUGUAAAUACAUUACUAUAGUAGUUUGGAAUAUGCAACAUACAUAUUUUAAGUUUUAUAUGUCUAGUGACUGAAACAUUUUUUUUUCAAUGUGUUUCAUUAAUAUUUUUAUUUGUAACUUACUUUAGUUCAUAUGUUUCUUCGAGAUAAAAGAUUUCUUAAUGCGAUGAAAACUUUCUAUUAGAACACAUUUUGUGUCUUCAAAACUUUUGGAAAGCCUGAUCUUCCUGGUUUGCUUAAUUGUAACAUGAAUUAGUUACAACUUUGUUCACCUUUAUUGUUACUAAAUAUUUAAAAAAAAUUGAAAGGGAUAUAUCAAGUGUAUGUAAUUAUAUUUAAUCUUAAAAAAGUAAUUACUUUGUUGUAAAAAUUUGGAGAAUAAAGGAUUCGUUUAUCUAAUUAAA